AUGGAGCUUUUUCUCCAAUUCAAUUCCCAUCAUUUCCUGAAAACUGGUCCAAUCCAACAAACCCAUCCAAACCGGCUCAAACCAAUCUCCUGCCGAGCCACCAACGAUAACAUGGUUAAUAAUACUAGCCGGAAAACCAAUUUGUACCAAGUCCUCUCACUGCCAUCAGAAAAUGUGGGACCCGAGGAGAUAAAGAAGGCCUACAGAAAGCUGGCCCGACUGUACCACCCGGACGUCCGACCCGCAUCCGGGAAAGAAGAGUCAACCCGCCGGUUCUUGGAGAUCCGAGAUGCUUACGAGACGCUUUCCGACCCGGCCUCUCGCCUGGCCUACGACUACGAGCUCAGCACGGCGAGCUCGAGCGGAAGGCCGCGGCGGAGCGAGUAUUCAUCGUCGUCGCCGUCGAGGGCGGUGUGGCAAAUGCAGCUCCAUGGGUUGAAAGAGCGGUCACGGGUCAAGAUGGAAAUGAAUAGUUAUUGUAGUACUUAA